AAGGAGCAGCGCGCGGAAGAGGAAAGUCUCUUCGAAGGCUACAGCUAAAAUACUUAGCUUUCUGUCUUAGUUUAUGGACGUCAGUGUUUCAAAUAUUAAAAAAAAAACAAUGUUGUUCGCAUUCGGAUGUGACGUAUAAUAUAAUGUGGUGGCUUCGGUAGUAUUGGGUAACGUCGGGAUACUGUUGUGUUGCGAGACAUCGUCGUAGAUUGAAGCUAACGUUGUGACUCGCUAGCUGUUUGAAAGCGACCACUAGCUAAACACCAGCUGAUCUGAACGUUGGACUAUUUACAUUUGUUAAUUUAACUUGCAUUAAGAAUAUAAUGCAUCACGUCAAGAUCAAGACCGAACGGCAAGAUAUGGACGGGACCGCUGCGCGCAGCCGGUUGGAUGCAAUUUUAAAGGGGCUGGUAGAGAAGGCUGAAAACAAAAGGGAUCAAAAUGAGAGUGAUGCCGGAAAAAUGUCACUGGACUCAAUGAACAAGGAAUUGUCCCCAUCAUCUGCUGGAAAAAGGCCAUCAGCACGAUUCUCACAGCAUCGACGGAAGAAGCGAAAAGAGAUAGAAGAAACCAUAUCAGAGAGCAAUACACACAGACAAAGUAAAAACGCUUACAUUAUCAAGCUGUUCGAUCGAAGUGUGGACUUAGCUCAGUUCAACGCCAGCACACCUCUUUAUCCUAUUUGUCGUGCCUGGAUGAGAAAUAAUCCCUCAGUCCGAGAGCGCAGUGAAGGAGCCGCAAGAUCUCCACAAGUCAUUCAAGAGGAAGAGGCCACAGACAUGAUCAACGGCAAAGAACAAAACGUAUACAGACUCCCUCCUCCGACAGCGUGUCCCAUCAGCUUCUCUGGUGAACCUGUCAAUCUCAGGAUACCACCGACAGAAAAGCCCUUGAUCACCAAGUUAACAGAUUCCAUGCCAUCUGCAUCAGGUUCCAUCAUAUGUGACCACAUGGAGCGCUGGAAAAAGAUCAGACAAAAGUGGAAAGAAUGCUCCAACAAGAAUCAGUUGCGUUACAGUGAAAGCAUCAAGAUACUGAAGGAGAUGAAGGAGCUCUAUGAUCACUAGUUUACGAUACUGCAAGUCCUCAUGUUAGGAUGGACACGAUACAGUGUGAUUGGUGCAUCCGUCAAUGCGGAAAUUCAGUUUCCAUCCGGACCCACACACAACAAUAGAACCUUAAGCCUUAAAUAUACCAUAUGUUCUAUGCAGUACAUUAGUUUACUCAGUGGGAGUAUUUGGUAUGGAACAGUUGGAUCACAAUAUUUGCAUUUGGAUAAAUAAAAUUGUACAU